UGGAGCCACAGUGUGGCGGUGGAGGCAGCAGCAAUGGGAGACCAUACAGCACCCUAUGACAAAAUGGAACCCACCAGCAGUGUGAGGAGACCUGAAAGUGGCACAUGGCAGAGUGUGGCGAUGGAGACAGCAGCAAUGGGAGGCCGUACAGGGACCCAUGACACACUCUGGACCUGGCAGCAGCAUGAGGAGGCGGUACAGGGGCCCAUGGCAGAGUGGCGAAGCCAGCAGCGUGGGGAGACGACUAUCAAGAGUCCAAUGGCAGAGUGGCGGAGCGGAAGCAGCUUCAAU